GUCGAUGAUCUGCUAGUAGCUAGCUUGGCCACAGUAAGCAUCUGAUAGGCUACAGCAUGUAUUCAAAAAGUCCGUUGAACUUGGCUGCUCGACAUUUACGCUCUUUGUCAUACAAGACACGACAAAUACAUACGACUCGGAACACACGUGUAUCACCGGACACCGUGACACCAGAGACAGCGACCACAUCUAAAUUGGACGGGGAUUCUCAAGAACGAUGGUUGUUCAUCGAUUCUGUCUUCCCUAUUCGUCUCGGUAUCUGGGAUCUUCGACACUACAUUGGCAUAUUACGCGAGGAAAACCUCUUGGAGCGCUUGCAUGAGCGUCUCGAGACUGUAAAGACGCACGACUUCCACAUACACGAGCUCCAGCCUUAUCAGAAGGAUGGUGGUGUCUUUGUGCGCUUCACUUAUACUGGUCGUGAUCACCAGACCGCACUCGAAACGCUUCAGACGGAUCUCCAACUUGAAGCUACUAAGCAUGGUGGUCUCCCCUCUUGGUCGGGACUUAAUCACUGUAAUAUUUGGCUCGUGAAGGGAGAGCCGUUUCUUGAGGAUAUGUACCGAUAUCCGUCAGGAAUUGUCCACGUGUCCUUCCAGGGCCCAGAUGUUCCUGAAGAAGCCUUGUAUAGUCUGUUUCGAUCGUGCGGCCGGAUACAGAAUAUAACUUCCCCUACACCCGUUCCUGCAGGCACACUCCGCUCUUCCGAUAUUCUGUUUCACCGCGUACGCUCCGCCACCAUCGCACGGAACACCAUCCAUGGAUACACAUUCUCCAAUGGUGAUGGAACGACACGUCUGAAGACUGUAUAUCAACGUCCCAUUCAGGCCCAUGCAAUCAGAGACUGGCUGACUUCGCAUCCCAGGAUUAUAUUUGAUCCCAUAAGAGUCCUCUCUGUUGAAGGGAAGAUGCUCAAUUGGUUCGAUUAUCGCGAAUAUAAACUAUAUAAAUGGCUUCGUGCGAAUGCCUUGGACCGGUUCUCCCUCACGAGCUUGGCUCGUGAAGGCGUCUCUCCACAGGGAGACAUCUGGAAGGAGCGUGAGGAUGCAGAAAGCGCUGUGCGGAGCUACCUCUCUGACCUACCUUCUACCGUUGCAUUCGUGCAUGGUCCCCAGGGCAGUGGCAAAUCGCGUAUGGUCGAGGCUAUCAUCCGCGACACUGGCAGAAAAACUUUAGUGAUCGAUUGUGCUGAGCUCAAUAGAGCGACAUCAGACAUGCGUCUCGUUUCCGCACUCGCACAGCAGACCGGCUACAGACCAAUUUUUGCCUUCCUGAACUCCGUCAACAACAUGGUGGACAUUGCGACCGUUGGCCUAAUCGGGCAAAAAGCGGGCUUUAAGUCUUCCCUUGAAGACCAGCUGAAACAAAUACUCGAAGUCACAGGUACAGCAUUGAAGAAAGUCAAUCAUUCCCUCCGCACUUCUGCGCAGCGCGCUGUUAAAGCAACACAAGAAGCUGAAGCACGACAAGCUGAAGAAGCACGAACUCGCGCUCGUAUUCGCGCCGGGACAUGGCACGAUCCACGGCUGGACUGUAUUGCCGGAAACGGCGUUAUAAGCGAGCUUGGGGUGGGCGACGAGUUACUAGAGGGUGACGACGGCGGGCUUGCGGGCUUCAAUGUGAUAGAGGAAGAUGCCGUAAACUCGAGUGAUGGAGGGGAGAAGACGAGCGAGGAGCUAGCAAGACAACAACACCGGCACGCAGAGGACGUGCAAGUUGUGCGUACUCUACCGAUUGUGGUCAUCAAAAACUAUGCCGCACGGGGAGGAGUUUACAAAGAAGAACUUCUCGGCGUUUUGGCGCAUUGGGCAGCGUCCCUCGCCGAGAACCAGGUUGCCCAUGUUAUCGUAGUCAGCGACAACCGCGAGGAUGCAAAGCUACUGGCCCGGGCGUUGCCUUCCAAGCCAUUGAACUCUAUUGCCCUUCAUGAUGCUGAUGCCCCCACUGCACUCUCCUUUGUCCGCCGACGCCUAUACGAUGCUGGUAUCACUUCGGAUCUCACGCCUGCACAAAAGAAGGCCAUCGAACACCUUGGCGGCCGCACGAGCGACCUUGAACGUCUAAUCCACAAAGUCUGCAGUAAUCAAGGCAUCGAGGAAGCGGUAGAAGAUAUCAUUGCUGGCGGUGUCGGAGAACUGAGGAAGAAAGCCUUUGGAGAGGACAUCGACGACGCUAAGAGUUUGCCGUGGUCCAGGGAGCAGGCGUGGACUGUGCUCAAGCAGCUGGCACGCAGAGCUGAGCUGCCGUAUUAUGAAGUAUUACUCGAUGUGCCUUUCAAGGGAGACGAACUGCCGCUUCGUGUCAUGGAACACGCUGAGAUCAUAUCUAUCAGCACACGACAUGGUCGACCCUCCACGAUACGUCCCGGAAAGCCCGUGUUCAAAUAUGUCUUUGAGAGACUUGUGAACGACCCUGUCUUCCAAGCCACACAAGACAUCGCGCUCAACGACAAAGUUAUCUCGAGCGCUGAAAGUACCGUUCGUACAUGCGAGUCCGAGCUUAGCACGCUUCAGGACCUCUCCAAAACGGAGCGGUCAUUUUGGUGGUUCAGGCGUAGAGCAACAUCCGAGCGGAGGGAAUACUUGUUGAAGAAGAUGCGUUCCGCACAAACAAAGAUUCAGACUCUGGAGAAGCGGAAUGCUGAGUUGAAGAGAGUAUUGGCGAAGGGUGUUUGAUUAUAUAGUAUCGUACGCUUAACAUAUGCUCUGCAGAUUCUACAGAUCAACUUUUACGAAGUAGGGUCCACGGACGCUAGUCGAUGGGUUGAGUAGAGUACAGCUGACCUGGCAUCGUUCUCCCAGUUCAGUACACAGAAUCAAGAUUUACACUAUUGCUUUCUUCUUAGCCACCCGGUGCUUGCAAC